AUUACUAUCUGCAAAGCUGAGAAACUAUAUUCAAAUGGAUUUCACGUACUGUGAGUUCCCCAGCACCGUCUCCAUCGACACCUUCAUGGCCUAUUUCAAUCUCACCGAUGUCAAGUUGCCCAAAGUCGGCGGUAAAUCAUUAGACAACAGCCAGAUCCCCAACGAAGUCCAGGAGGGCCAGACAAAUCAAGUGAAAAGUCUGAGACAUCUUGUUCUGGAUUCCAUUGUGGAUAACUGGAGUGAGUUGCCUUGGUACAAGCAUCUGGGAAGGCGCGAGGACCGAAACUACCUGCUCAGCCACCUGGACACCCAACUGCCGCUGCAGCUGCUCAGCUCCCACAUCCGGGAGGACUUCUUCUGGCAGCGAUGCUAUGAACAGCGCUGGAAGAGUGCGCCCCUGCAAUCACGGGGUGUGGAGCGGCCCUGGAUCAACAUCUACAUGGAGCGACAUGUGCAGGAGUUUAUUGAGAACAUGCCGACGGGCGACUACGAGCAGGAGGGCAACGUUCAGGCCACCCUGGACAUCUGUGCGGCGUACAUAAAUCAGUUGGAUAUAAGUUUUCUUCAGCCCGCCCCGCCCACGACCGAUGCGAAUGAUCACAUUCCGCUUGAUUACCUUCUCAGCAAUCUGCCGGAUUUACGCCAACUGCGACUGAGUUACUGUACCAAGACGGCCGGCUGUAAUUACCAAAUGGGCUGCAACCAACUGACUGCCAGGGACAUUUUGCUCCUGUCCAAAGGACUCAGCCAGUGCCACGAGUUGCGCCAGUUCUGUAUGCACAACACCAAACUGAUGCCGUAUCAGUUGCGAUUCCUGGCCCACAGCCUGGACAAGGGAUGUCACCACCUGACGGAGAUGUCCUUGCUGCACUGCGCAGUGGGGGAUGCAGGAAUUCGUAGCUUUUUAGAGACCUGCGGCCGGGAAUCCUUUAGUACUCUUACUGUGUUGGAUUUGACUAAUAAUAAGAUAACGGAAGAAGGUGCCUAUAUCCUUAGUCGCACUUUGAGGCAUGUACCUUUACAGCGGCUGGUCCUGCGACUAAAUCCAAUCCAAAGUGACGGUGCUGCUGCUAUAUUUCACACUCUCCAGUUAAUGCCCAUUAAGGAGCUGGAUCUGGGGACCUGCGGCAUCUCAGAGACCAUCACAAAACUUUUCAUGAUGUUGAUUUGUCAGCACAAUACAUUGCUUGAUAUAGACAUAUCCAAUAAUUCCUUGGGAGAGGACUUUGGAAAACAUCUCAUGAAGAUCAUUACCUGUAAUAAAGUUCUGGAGAAAUUGGAUUUGCGUAAUACUGGACUAUCAUUGGAAAUGCGUAGAAAAUUUCAGGAGCUUCUUAUCAAAAAUGUGGAACGCAAAAAGCAUGAGGCCCUAAAACAAAAACAACGAGAUAAAUUCAAGGCCAUGAUGCAGUUAUAA